GGAAGGCUGGGAACUGACACCCCAGACACCAGGGCGCGAAGAAGUGACAGCUCCACAGUGACACCGACUGCCCCAGGAUUCAGAAGAGACUGAGGACACGCAGGCCAUGUCAUCAUGGAAACAGAAGUGUAUUCAUUUCUCCUUGGCCCUGCAGUGAUCCCCUCUCUGCCCAGCUGCAUCGCACUCCUUGUUACACUCCAGAUCCACCAGCUGAUGGCAGCCCAGUUCAAAGUGAUUGGAUCAGACCAGCCACUCGUUGUCUCUGUGGGAGAAGACGCCGUCCUCCCCUGCCACCUCUCCCCCAGCAUGAGCGCUGCGAGCAUGGAGGUGAGGUGGUUCCAGUCUCAGGUCUCUCCCUACGUGCACUUGUACCAAGAUGGACAGGAUCAGGAUGGGCAGCAGAUGUCUGAAUAUCGAGAGAGGACUUCGCUCAUAAAGGAUGACAUCACCAAUGGGAGCGUCUCCCUAAUAAUACACAGUGUCCGACCCUCUGACCACGGGCAGUACAAGUGCUUUUUCCAGUCCGAUGUCUACUAUGAAGAAGCUCUGUUGGAACUGCAGGUGACAGCUAUGGGCUCUGCCCUGCACAUCUCUGCUGAUGGGUACCAGGAUGGAGGGAUACGGGUUGGAUGUCGAUCGGCUGGAUGGCACCCAGAGCCCAAGGCUGAGUGGAGAGAUCACCGUGGGCAGCUACUACCUCCAACCUCUGAGAAAAUAUCCAUGGAUGCUGGUGGGCUGUUUCACACAGAGAUUUCUACUGUUAUCAUGGAAGAGUCUAACCGAAACGUGACCUGUUCUGUCAGGAAUCUGGUCCUCAACCGGGAAAAAGCAGCAAAAAUCGAUAUCGCAGAUCAAUUUUUCCCACGGGUCUCUGUCACGGUGGUGGCUCUGGCUGUGGUGGUGGCGGUCCUGGGGCUUGGCUAUGUCCUGUUCCUUAUCUGGAUCUGUUUCUUAAUUGUAAGUGACUCUGAUCUCUGAACUGAAGAGUGAAAAAGGUGCAUGCCGGGGACUGUGUGAUGUGUUAAAGAAUUUCUGUGACCCUUUCCACCAAAUAGAGAUGACUGGAAAUAGGACUGAGAUCAGACGGAGACGUGUGCCAUCCUGACCCCACAUAACAGCCCUCAC